AUGGAAAUAUCAGAAUAUUGUCGAGAACAUCGAAGCAGUAAUGCUGAGCCUGAUGAAUGGUUCCAAAAUCUUAGCCUCAUGAUGCUGAGCUUCGCUGCCUGCACUUUUGACAAACUAUCCAGACUUCAACUGUGCCCGGUCGAGUCUCAAACCCAGUAUGCCUGCUGGUUAAAUUCCAGGCUAGACGAGUAUUUGAACUCGGCCGGACCUGGCGCAAGCCUCGACCUGCUCAAUUCGGCGAGACUAGAGAACUUGUGCCAGAGAUUCCUCGCAGAUAGCAAGCGCGGCAAUCUUAGCGCUAGAACAGGCGAACAGCUUUUCAAUAUUCUCAUAGGAGAGGUCGAUGCUCUUGACUUUAUUUUCGAAGACGAAGCGUUUGUCGGCGAAUACUAUCACGAAGUGAACCAGACGGGCAAAGCGUUCGAUAUGUUGAGUGCGUACCUUGAUGCAAAAGCUCACAGAGAUCCAGAGCUAAAGUAUUUGGAGAUUGGUGCUGGCACAGGUGCCACAACUGAUGAGGUUUUGGGUACUAUUGCAAGGCCGGAGGUAGCGCCAAGAUACUCCGAAUUUUACUAUACGGAUAUCAGUCCUUACUUUAUCUCUCACGCUACCGAGAAGUACGCUAGAUACCCAAGAAUGAAGUAUUCGGUACUCAACAUUGGAGAAGAUCCAUUAGAUCAAGGAUUCGACGAGGAAGGCUACGACAUCAUUAUAGCCGCCAAUGUCUUGCACGCUACCAAAAAUCUCGGCGAGACGCUCGCUAACACUCGAAAAUUGCUCAAACCCAACGGGCAACUUAUAAUGAUGGAGAUGACCACUCCUUUGAAGAUUCAUACCGGUUUCGUAUUUGGUUUGCUCCCUGGUUGGUGGCUCAGCUCCGAGGAGUAUCGUCGUGAUGGUGCUGUCAUUGCGGAGGAGCAAUGGCACAGCAUCCUCAAACAGCAUGGAUUUUCUGGAAGCGAUCAUAUCUUCCGUGACUGGGAGUCAGACUAUUGCCACGGAUGGAGCAUUAUAGUAACCUCGAAGACGACCCCAGAUGCGCCAGUGCUUGAGAAUGGGCUCAGAAAUAAAUAUCGAAUGCUGACAUUUGUUGUCGAUAUGAAGUCUUCUAUGCAAAGGCAAGUUGGCCAAUGCCUCCAACGUGAUUUUGAAUACGCUGGAGUUGCGACAGACCUCAUGUCACUAGAAGGUCUCUAUCUAUCUUCAGAUCUCAGCGAACGUGAUGUGGUUCUUCUAUGUGGCUUGGACGAAUGUCUGCUCUAUGAGAUGCAGGAGCCAGUCUUUCAGGCUUUGCAGAAGAUUCUCACUUCUUCCAGGAGCGUUAUCUGGGUGAACAACACGGGAUUAGCACACGAUGGUGCGCCAUACUGGGCAAUGACUGAUGGGCUAGCCCGAGUUUGUCGUAACGUGGACCUGUCUAUUUCCGUGGCCACUCUUGCUCUGGAAUGGUCGACAUGCGAAGACUUAGAGAAAGCUGUUGGGCGAAUUGCCAAAUUCAUACAUGAGAUCCAUAAAGACAGCCCAACAGAGACAAUGGAUUUAGAAUGGAUGGAAGUGAAAGAAUGGAUCGAAGAUGACGCCGCCUACACGAAUCUUGAACCAGAUGACAUUGAAGUGCGUAUCCAGGCGAUUGGCGUGAACUUCAAGGAGUGUCUAACACUCCUUGGCCGGAUUAACACGGAUCGGCUUGGCAGCGAAGCAGCCGGCUAUGUCCAUCGAAUCGGGGCCAAUGUUCAGAAUUUCAAAGUCGGUGAUCGAGUUGUAGUAGGCACGCCGGAUAGUUACCAGACAUUCGUCAGAGUGAAAGAAGCUGUUCGACUGCCAGAUACUAUAAGCUUUGUAGAGGCCGCGUCGAUACCCACAGCCUUCUGUACCGCGUAUGUUAGCUUGAUCCGGACAGCGCGCCUGCAGAAAGGUGAAACUAUCCUUAUACAUGCAGCUGCUGGCGGUACAGGUCAAGCUGCGGUCCAACUUGCGCAGAACAUUGGCGCUGACGUGUUCGUCACCGUCGGCUCUCAAGCUAAAAAGAAACCUGUCAUUGAGCAAUAUAACAUACCAGAAGAUCACAUCUUUUACAGUCACGACUCUUCUUUUGCGGACGGUAUCAAACGCAUGACUAAGGGUAGAGGUGUUGAUGUUAUUCUAAACUCCCUUUCUGGAAAGCUAUUGGUUGCCUCGUGGGAAAGUAUUGCGCCCUUUGGGAGAUUUGUCGAAAUUGGGCGGAAAGAUAUUGAUACUCGUGGCCACCUCCCUAUUUAUCCUCUUAUCAAAAACGCUUCAUUUGCGGGUGUUGAUCUUGGCGCAUAUAUCGUCGGUGAAGCUGCGAAGAAAGGAACGGAACAGCUGCAAGAAGUCUUCCAGAUGCUCAAGGACAAGGUUAUUCGUCCACCUUAUCCACUAUCAAAAUACCCCAUCAGUCAAGCUGAGGAUGCUUUCCGCCUAUUGCAAAGUGGCAAGGGCUCAGGAAAGAUAGUGCUUGAGAUAUCUGAUGAGGCUGUUAUACCUAUUAGAGAAAGUGCAAAUGGUGAGUACCGCUUCCGAGCCGACGCCACAUAUAUUGUUGCCGGAGCUUUCGGGGGCAUCGGGCGUCAGAUUACUCGCUGGAUGGCUCACCGAGGAGCUCAAAAUUUACUCUUACUCUCGCGAUCCACUCUAGAUCAGAACACCGAAGCUCGUCGGAUGAUUUCCAAACUCAAAGCCCUCGGGGUUUACGUUCGACACGCUUCUUGCGAUAUCUCCGAGCUUACUUCGCUUGAUUGUGCUCUUCAGACGGCGAUGAAGACAAUGCCACCUAUCAAGGGUUGCUUCCAAGCUGCCAUGGUGCUUAAUGAUCGACCAUUUAGUACCAUGCAGUAUACUAAAUGGAACGCAACGAUUCGGCCCAAGGUUCAAGGGUCAUGGAACCUUCACAAAACCUUACCCAAUCAGAUGGAUUUCUUCGUAAUGCUUUCUUCAGUGACUGGCAUCGUUGGUAACCCUGGACAAAGCAAUUAUGCUGCUGGAAAUACUUUUCAAGACGCUCUCGCGAGGUAUCGUGUUGCUAGGGGGGAGAAGGCCACAGCACUUGAUCUGGGCAUAAUCCUUGGAGGGGGUUUCGUAGCAGAAAACAAAGACAUUUACGACAGACUCGGUGUUGAGGUGCCGCUAGCUUUGCAAAGAAGCCUAUUCCGGGCGAUACAUCAAGUCGAUUUCACACAAGGGGGAUCAAAUGCAAUGGUCUCAUCAAGCCAGGAUAUUGUGACGCUCUUCCAACAGUCCGCUUCACUCCAAGAAGCUAGGUCGAUUGUUGCCGAGGCAUUGAAGGUCAAGGUCUCUAGACUCCUCGGCAUAGACGUCGAGGGGCGAACGGUCGGAGACCGCAUGCAGUCUUUUGGAAUAGAUUCACUCGUAGCUUUGGAAUUGCGAAAUUGGAUUUCGAAAGAGUUGCGCGCUGAUAUUGCCGUCUUCGAGAUCUUGGGCGACGCGAAGCUUAGCGACAUUGGAAAGACGGUUAGUGUUUCUAUGAUGUGA